AUGCUCAAAACCUUAGCCACCAUCUCCACCACUUCACCACUCAUCUCCACCGCCAUAACCACCCCUAAACUCUCUCUCUCUAAGCCCUUCCUUUCUCUCUCUCAACUCCAAAACAAACCCACCUCCCCCUUCCCACAAACCCACAGACCCAUCUCUUUCAACAAGCCCCAAAUGAACCUCCUCAACAAGCUCGGCUUCGGCCCAAAGACCUCCGACCCCACCUCCGAUUCUUCCUCCAUCCCUCUGGGCCCAGACGACGACGUUGCGGCGCCAGGUCAGCAGUUCGCCCAGUUUGGAGCCGGGUGCUUCUGGGGUGUCGAGUUGGCCUUUCAGCGAAUACCUGGCGUGACCAAGACAGAGGUUGGGUACACCCAAGGGUUCUUGCACAACCCGACUUACGAGGACGUGUGUACGGGCACCACCAACCACUCUGAGGUCGUGAGAGUGCAAUACGAUCCUAAAGAGUGUAACUUUGAGACUCUGCUUGAUCUCUUCUGGUCCAGGCAUGACCCCACCACGCUCAAUCGCCAGGGGAAUGAUGUGGGAACACAGUACAGAUCUGGAAUAUACUUCUAUACGCCUGAGCAAGAGAAGACAGCACAAGAAUCCUUGGAACAACACCAGAAGAAAAUGAACCGAAAGAUUGUUACAGAAAUUCUUCCGGCCAAGAAGUUCUACCGAGCAGAGGAGUAUCAUCAGCAGUACCUUGCUAAAGGGGGCCGUUUUGGUUUUAAGCAAUCUACUGAGAAAGGAUGCAAUGAUCCAAUCCGAUGCUAUGGCUAA